GCAAGGCUCGGAGACGUUGUGUGGCACUGCAGCUCAUUGAUUGAUAUCUUAUCACUAAUUAAGAAGAGAAGCUGGUGUACAUCCCCACUUUAACGAAGACAGUUGAUAGCUCUAACAGUUUGUUUUCUAGUGCUCACUGAGAGGUGAAGCAAACUCAGGAUCGUUGAAGGAACCGUUAUGGCGACUGCUAGCGUUACCCCGAGCCGUGAAGCUGGCCGGUCAGCGGCCUCUACACCUCUCUCCCCUACCCGGAUAUCUCGCUUACAAGAGAAACAAGAUUUGCAGCAUCUGAACGAUAGGCUGGCCGUGUAUAUCGACCGUGUCCGGGCACUGGAAUUGGAGAACGACCGGCUGAUGGUGAAAGUGUCUGAGAAAGAGGAGGUUACUACUAGGGAGGUAACAGGUCUGAAGUCUCUUUAUGAGGCAGAGUUAGCUGAUGCGCGACGGGUUUUGGAUGAAACUGCUAAAGAGAGAGCCAGGCUCCAGAUAGACCUUGGCAAGGCUCAUGCUGACCUGGAAGAAGCCACACGCAGUACCAAGAAGAAAGAUAGUGAUCUUGCUGCAGCACUGUCCAGGACCAGUGGUUUGGAAGGCCAGCUGAGUAAGAGUGAAGCAGCUCUUUCAACAGCUUUAAGCCAGAAUGCUGCUUUGACUAGUGAGCUAGCUGAUGUCAAGAGUCUGCUGGCUAAGGCAGAGGACAGCCAUGCUGUUGCUAAGCGCCAACUGGAAGCUGAGACACUGAUGCGUGUAGACUUGGAGAACCGCUGUCAAUCACUGAGUGAGGAGCUGGAGUUCAGGAAGAGCAUGUUUGAAGAGGAGGUGCGCGAGUCCCGACGUCGACAGGAGCAAAGAAUAGUGGAAGUGGACUCUGGAGUAAGACAGGACUAUGAGUUCAAACUGACACAAGCUUUACAGGACCUAAGGAGGCAACAUGAUGAGCAGGUUUCUCUUUAUAAGGAAGAACUGGAGCAAACUUUUCAGGCCAAGUUGGAUAAUGCAAAGGUGUCCUCAGAGAUAAAUGACAAGGUAAUGAGCACAGCUAAAGAGGAGCUACAGGAGUCCCGCACGAGAAUAGAGAGUCUUGGAUAUCAACUCAGUGCCCUGCAGAAACAGGUGGCUGCUUCAGAAGAUCGUAUCAGAGAACUGGAAGAAAUUCUCUCUGCAGAGCGAGACAAGCAUCGCCGUGCCAUGGAAGCAAAAGAGCAGGAGAUGGCCGAAUUGAGGGAAAUGAUGAACUCUCAACUCAGUGAAUACCAGGAAUUGCUGGAUGUGAAGCUUGCUCUAGAUAUGGAGAUCAAUGCAUAUAGGAAAUUGUUGGAAGGAGAAGAGCAUAGACUGAAGCUGUCCCCCACCCCAUCUUCUCGAGUCACUGUUUCCAGGCUAACAGGAUCUUCUUCUUCCCGCUCCUCUAAGAGGAUGAGAGUGGAGGUGGAGGCUAAGGAUGUGACAGAGAUGGAAAGAGAGGGGCAGCUGCUGGUGUCAGAAGAGGCCACAGCUAGUGGAGCAAUUACCAUAUCACCAACUGAUAUGGAUGGAAAUGCAGUCACACUCACCAAUGAUACUGAGCAGGACCAGCCUUUGGGCAACUGGAGAUUGAAGAGAGAAGUUGAUGAUGGGGAGGAGAUCAUCUACAAGUUCUCCCCAAAAUUUAUCCUCAAGGCUGGACAGUCAGUCACGGUGUGGUCCGCUGACGCUGGUGUGGCCCACAGUCCACCUUCUGACUUGUUGUGGAAAAGCCAGGCUUCCUGGGGCACAGGAAGUGACAUUGUUACCACUUUGAUCAACGCUGAUGGCGAGGAGGUGGCAAGGAGAAGUGUGACCAAGACCCAGGUGGAGGUAGAAAAUGGAGAGGAAGAGGAGGAAGUGGCACAAACGGGCAAAGUGUCAUCCAGAGAGUGUGCCAUCAUGUGAAGCCUUCCUGUUAUGUCGAUGGCUUUGACUUCCACAUUAUAUAUAUUUUUUCCCUCUAGACUGCUCAGAUUUGAUCUUGCCCAUUCUCUUAUCAAUUGGUGUUUUUAUUGUUCAAAAUAAUAUAAUCAUUUUUUAGAAUAAUGGACACUGUGCUUAUUGCACUCCACAUUUUAAUAUGGGUCAUAUUCCUAAAUAUCACUGGCAAUGACAACACUAGUGGAUAAUACAAAGGUGACGGAUCCAAACAUUUUGACUGUGGUAUUACAUCUGAAUAUUCCCACCCAUACUAAUAGUACUGUACAUGUCAAAGCUUCAUUCUAUUGGCUGUCUUAUACUUUGAAGUAAGUAUUUAAUUUCAUACUUUAAGCACAGCAGAGCACAAUAUUUCCUGAGUGUAUUUCACAGACAUUUGUUUUUGGCACAUUCAAAGCCUUUCAGAAUGUGCUUCUCAUCUAUAACACUUAAAAGAUGUGGUUACCCAGAUUUUGCCUGUUACAUAAUUUUCUUUAUAUUUUUUAUUUUACAUCUUCCUUUGAUCUGCAUACAUUGCAAAUGACAUGGAAGGCCUGUUUGCUGCCAUUGUGUGGUCUGUAGUGGAAGUAAAAUUUGCUCUGUCAAGACAAUGAAACCGUUGACUCUGUCUUAUCCAAGAAAUCAAAAAAAAAACAAAAAAAACCUUCAGAACAGGGAUAUUAACAGUUUUUGCAGAUACUGCAAGCUACUAAGUCAGCUGUGCAGCCUGAAAGCUUGGUUGGAAUUGGGUAGCUUUACGGAGAACAGAGUGGGUGUGUCAGUAAUAGUGGUCUGUUCGUAUCACAUUUUUCUUAAAAGCAUAACAGAAUGAAAACCUUUAGUGCACACUAAGAUCUUAAGUUUGUAGAAAAAGUCUUUUGGUCAAAGUCUCGUCACUGAAAGGGGAAGUAAGCUGUUCACAAAGCUUCUGUCUUGCUCUCUCUCUAUCUUGUUUUUUUUUAAAGGUUGAAUUUCAGUCUUCUGUCUUAACUCACAUCACUGAGUGCAAUGUUCACAGAUGUUUCUAUUCCGAUUCAGUCUCCCAAUCAACAAAGAUGAAUGGUUUUAGAUUUGCUAAGCGUUGAGUCUCUGAGCCAAAGGACCUAAGGUCACACAGACCAGAAACGGUGUAUGCAUUCUCAAGAAAGGAAAUGAAAGUGAAACUUUGCUUUAUUUAGCAAUCAUGUAAUGUCUGAAACCACAAUGUGGACUGGGUUUCUGAACAAUGACCACCUGCAGAAAACCUAAUGACAACUGUCUCUUAGGAAUGAACACACAUAUUGAAUUGAAUUGAAUGAAAUAUACAUCCAAUACAAAGAAAACGGCUGUUGUGAUAAAUAGGUAUGUUUAUAAGCAUAGAAUUGGUAGCUGGUUAUGUGGUUGUCAGCUCUGCUAUAAUAACAGUAGGCAAGUUUCAUAUCCUGGGAUUGUUUGUCCUUGAACAAUAUAACAUUGCUGCUCUCAAAUCACGAGUGGCCAAAAUAAUGGAGUUAUAACUGGUGGAAGAGGGUGUUCAGCUAUGGUGCUGAAAUAAUAUCCUAAAAAAAUUUGUGACUCGUCAAUCUGAAAUAUUAAACUGACAUGACAUUGCUUUCAAUUUUAAGUACGCACAAGGAAAUGAUAAAAACACCACUUCUGAUACAGUGUGUGAGGGAAUAUUCUGAUGGACUGUAUUGUCUCCAUCUCUAUUUCCUAUUAUGCUGUUUGAGUGUUUCUCUUACAUCUAGUGUGCAUUCUUGUGUGUUUGUAUAGCGUGUGUUACAUUGCUAGUUUUUCUAUAUAAUGCUUGUCUAUGUAAUCACUUUGUUAACAUGAUAUUUCUUUUAUUAUUUUGUAUCUAGGAUUUCUUGGGUGGUUAAGAUAGGGUGUUUUUGACCUAAAUAGAAGGAGAAAACAGAUUCGUGGGUUUAAAUAUAUUUCAGGGUUCAUAUAAGACAGUAACUGAACACUAUUCUUAAGCGUCCUACUUGGAGUUUAAAGUUUUUACGUAGUGAGUAAAAGAUACGAAAACCACCUUCUGAGUUAAUGCAGGCAGAAAUUGAUAACUGAAAGUGUAAUUACUAUUAAGCAACCAACCUUGUAUAAUUAAACACUCCAAUCUUGGAUCAACUGUUCUGUUACAAAUAGUUAAUAGAACCUUUUACAGCAGAGUUUGAAUAAGCAGAGGCGUGGUGUUGUUCAUGUGGGGGCGGGGGCAUGCCAAAUUUCAGUUUUCUCUCAUGAUUAACUGUUACUACUUUUUGUAUACAAUAAAUGUUUUACAUACGCA